AUGAACUGUACUAAAAAAGGAUUAUCUGCAAGGGUGAAGGCUCUUUCCAUGGCUUGCCUAUCAUCGGCAGCCGUAACGAUGUGUUUCCUCAGCGGAAGCAGUUGUUCGUUUGUCGAAGUCAGACCAGGAGAAGAGAACUAUCUCGUCACAUCAUUAGGUGAUGAGAUUGAAAACGUCGACGUUGCUUUCAUGGGCUUGAAGUGCGAUUCAAUUUUGUUGGAUAAUGGCACUGAUGACAUGGUCAGCCUCGGUCAACAUUUCUUCCACAUGAGUUUGGGAGUUGGAGUCGCCACUGCAGUCUUGGCCUGGAUAUUAAGUGUCUGUCUUCCACCAACAAAAUGCUCAUGGAUUACAAUGGCAAUCAUGGGAUCAGCGACAGCGGUCAUUCAAAUUCCUCUGUUUUUGAUGUUCGAGUCGAUUCCAUGCACAGUCCACCCAAGCCGGCAAACGUGUUCUUUGGGCCCAGGAUCCUAUUUCAAUAUUGCCAGUAUUACCUUGUGGAUAGUUAUGACCAUCUGGGCUCAACUCAUUCUUCCACCAAAAUGGGAUGGUUCCUCACAAGAAAAGACAAGGGACCAAAUCACCAUCCGAGAGAUUGUCAUACCCUUUUCGGAAACAGAUACUUCAACCGCCAACGGCGACUCAAACAAGGAACGAGAUGUGGAGCAAGGUUCACCAAAGGAAGCCAAGCAAAUUGCAAAGUCUGGGGACAAGAAUGCACCAAUUUCACUGGUUGCAUACGAUGAGUUUGAUGACAUUAGUGAAAUGACUCCUUCCGUGGCACCACGAGAAAGAAAAGAGAAAAAAUCACAAAGUGGGGUUAAGCAGUAG